AGUAAAUCUCAUUCACAAAGCAACAAGAAGAAAUUUAAUACUCGGUCAAUGCGAAUUAUACCACUGUGAAAGAAGGUAAACCCAGUGCUUUUAGGAGCUGUAAUAGUUUCAUAUCUUCGCCCUCAUGGCUGUAUCAAUAUCAGGCCUUCGGGGAUGGCAUCCCGGGGAAGUUGCCAUGCAAUCGAAAUUAGGCUUUGCCGAGGCAAUGUCUUCUACAUGGCAGAAGAUCGAAGACAGAAUGCGCGAACAGCAUCGCAUUUUCCACACCGGCAAUUUACCUUUUAUUCCGAUAACUACCAUAGACGAUGAAGGGCGACCAUGGGCUUCACUUGUUGCUGGGGCCGAUGGAGAGAUUGGAUUCGUAGAGGGUCCUGAUCUAAAAACCCUCAUUGUAAAUGCUAGAUUGUGGCCCGGAGAGCCGUUGUUGGACACUCUCAAUAAAUGGGUUGAUGGGAAUGGCCAGAAUCCGACCUCACCAGAGAGAUAUUUGACCGCCGGCAUAGGAAUUGAGUUUCCCACCCGAAGGCGCAAUAAGUUUGCGGGAUAUAUUGAAGACGUAAAACGAAUCACAAAGUUGGAUUUUAGACUGAAUUUGCAGGUCAAUCAAACUACGGGAAACUGCCCGAAAUAUAUCAACACUAGACAACUUGUUGGCUGUAAAACCACCAACCCAUCCAUUGCAUACGAGAAACGGCACAUGACGCAGUUUGAGAGACUUCCGAAAGAAGUUAUCGAAUUCAUUACGAAUGCUGAUACCGUGUUUGUUGGAUCAGUCUAUAGAUCCGACCCAGCCACAGCAGCGAAAUUCCCCUCACAUACUGGAAUGAAUGCGCGAGGUGGAUUGCCAGGAUUCACGCGUGUCAGUCCAACCGACGGACGUUCAGUGGUCCUACCUGACUACUCCGGGAACAGGUUCUUGUCUAGUCUUGGAAAUGUUGAGUCGAGCAAACAGAUUGCUCUUACAAUUGUCUCAUUUACAACUGGCAACGUUCUAUAUCUCACCGGAACGGCGGAAAACCUUGUCGGCCCUCCCGCCCUCGAGGUAAUGGUUAAACACGCAAGCAUCACUGUGAUGAAAACAACAGGAUUCAUCUUCAUUCGAGACGCUCUUCCCGUACGACAACAGUUUGGCACAGAGGUUGAGCGCAGCCCAUACAGUCCUAAAGUCAAAUAUCUUGUUGAAGAACCCAAGGGCCAAGCAAGCGCCGGUGGUGUGCACAAGGCUACGCUAUCCAGCGCAACGCAACUCUCGCAUGACCUUGCUGUCUUUCGAUUCAAGGUUACUUCGAAGCCUGGCGCUGAACCAAUUAAAAUACGACCUGGACAAGCUAUCGCUUUAGACUUCAUGGAAUGGAUAGGCCCUCCGGCGUAUCAACAUAUGGCUAACUCUGCUCCUGGGUCGAUCAACGAUGAUAGAGUACGGACCUGGACUGUUUCAAGUACCCACGAGGAUCGGGAUGUCACUUGGUUCGAUCUAACGAUGCGUGAGAUGAAAGGAGGCGCAGUGACGGGGGCGUUAUUCGAUGUGUUGAGGCAUUCCUCAAAUAAGUGGGAAACGCCAAUAACAAUUACAGAAGAUGUUGUUUGCGAAGUUGUCGGUGUAACAGGCGACUUUUUCUUGGGGCAAGGCAACGUUAAUAUGCUCUGGGUUGCUGGCGGCAUUGGCAUCACUCCCUUCCUCGCCAUGCUCAGCGCGUUGUCUGAACGAAGAGCAAAAGAAAAUGGCGAUGUUGUACUUGCCUUAUCGACACGAGAACCCGAAAUGAUGCUGAAACUAGUCCAAGCUUCUCUCCGAAAUGCUCUUUUGAAGCUCAGGCUACGAAUCGACAUCUUCACAAGGCAGGACCACGUGGAUAUGGACGGCAUUGAUCAGGGCAACAUACGGAUUAAAAUACACAAGGGACGAAUAACACCGAAUUAUUUCCCCGAGGUGGCAAGCGAUAGAGACAUUUUAAUAUGUGGUCCAGGGGGAUUCGGCGAUUUGGCAAUGGACGGGCUGAGAGCCGCAGGUGUAUCGGACGAUAAAAUGUUGCGAGAAGGGUUUUAUUGAUAUGGAAACGAAGGGAAAAAGCAGGAUAUUCGGCGUUAUGGAAUGCAAGCGACAUGCGAGGGCAUAUGCAUUUCGUUAAAUUGAUGUUGAAUGAGAUGUAUGAGCUUUUGAAUAUAACUCUUAAUUUUUGAUUGUUAUCAUAGUUGCGUUCGGCACGAUAGCUUGGUCGCAGCUGACGAGGAUGGCCCCAAUGCUAUAGAACUUGCC